CAAUAUAUGUUUCUUUUUCUUCUUCCUGUGGCAUGUAUAUGACGGCUUGGGGAGCUGAUUUGCCUUGAAAUCAGAUAAGAUCAAAUCGUAAGGUUUGUUUUGUCGUGUCCACAAACCCUAAAUUUGCAGAGCCAUGUCUUUCCUCCAGAUCAGCGCGUUGACUCAACAGCAAAAGGUGAAGAGCGUCUACAAAGCGUGCGCUCCGUCUUCUAGAGAUGUACCUUCACCACAGACACCACUUCCGAUACAACGCCGUGCUGCUGCGGGCCGAGUUCGAUAAGCAUGCCAAAGAGAAGGACAUGGUGAAGGUGAAGAAGCUGCUGGAGGAUGCCGAGUAUCAGCUGUGGAGCAACCAGCACUACCAACCCAAACAAUUUCCCGACUCGCCGGGCGGCGUGGCGCACGAGCGCGAGGUGGUACCCCCCGACUGGGUGCUGGACGGCUGGCACCCGCUCGAGAAGGCCAUGUACCCCGAAUACUUCGCGCGCCGCGAGGAGCGCAAGAAGGAGUACGUCAAGUGGUGGGAACAGCAGUACGGGGGCCCCGACGCCGCCAAGGAUAAGCUGCAUUGAGCCGCCAGUGGCGCCGCCCAGCGGGUUACAUCGGAAGCUGCCGCGAUGCGCGGCCCACACCAUUAGAGCAAUGCGUGAAAUGCGGAGAAGUGCUCGGUCCCAGUGUGUGAGAUGAACAGACGGGUGUUUGGACGCUCCGUGACGCGGUGCUAGAGCACUGCUGUCGUGCAAGUAAGGUGUGGAUGCCUGCAUGCUCUUCAUGCCCAAUGCAUUGGAACUUUGAAGGCCUCAACCCUUGCCAAUGGCCACCUAGGGUUUUAAGGAAUGGUAAGCCACUCGACGAAUGACAGGUGAUUGUGUGACGUUCUGAAAUCAUGUAUUGGGCCGCUGUCUCUGUACAUAUUAAUAUAUGAACAGCAUGAUGCCACA